AGAACUCAAAUCAAUUAGGGUUUAAUUUGGCGGGGGGGAGCAUUUCCAGUUUGGGUUUAAGAACCCAUGAGCUCAGGGAUCAUGAUGCAAUCAAGCAGAAGGGAAAUGCUUUUUCGUUCAAUCGGAGUGUAUCUCGCCGCCCUUCGCCACUUUUCGGCCGAAGCAGCGGCCCGGACAGGCUCCGACGCCGCCAGUUCGAGCGGCGGUGGAGACACGCUGGGGCGGAGGCUUCUGAGCCUUGUGUACCCAAAACGCAGUGCCGUCAUCGCCAUCAAUAAAUGGAAGGAAGAGGGUCACGUGGUCCCCGGCAAAUACCAGCUCAAUCGCAUUGUUCGUGAGCUUCGCAAGAGCAAGCGCUACAAACACGCACUCGAGGUAUGUGAAUGGAUGACCUUGCAGCGAGAUAUCAAGCUAGUGCAAGGAGACUAUGCUGUUCACUUGGAUUUGGUAACUAAAAUUCGAGGUUUAAAUAGUGCAGAGAAAUUCUUUGAGGAUCUUCCUGAUCGAAUGAGGGGCCAACAAACCUGCUCUGCACUUCUCCAUGCCUAUGUCCAAAAUAAUUUGGUUGACAAAGCUGAGGCCCUCAUGUCAAAAAUGUCAGAAUGUGGCUUUUUAGGAUGUCCUCUUCCUUAUAAUCACAUGAUGUCUCUCUACAUUUCGAAUGGGAAGCUAGAAAAGGUUCCUAAAAUUAUUCAGGAACUAAGGAUGAACACUUUGCCAGAUGUCGUCACUUUCAAUUUAUGGUUAACUUCUUGUGCUUUGCAGAAUGAUGUUGAAACUGCGGAAAGAGCACUGCUUGAGUUAAAGAAGGCAAAAAUAGAUCCAGACUGGGUAACAUACAGUACGUUAACCAAUUUGUACAUAAAAAAUGCUCGCUUUGAGAAGGCAGGAUCUACUGUGAAAGAGAUGGAGAACAGAACCUCAAGGAAAACUCGAGCUGCAUUUUCCUCUCUCCUUAGCUUGCAUACAAACAUGGGGAGCAAGGAUGAUGUUAAUCGAAUAUGGAAGAAAAUGAAUGCCUACUUUCGCAAAAUGAAUGAUAAUGAGUACAUUUGCAUGUUAUCCUCACUUGUGAAGCUUGGAGACGUUGCUGAAGCUGAGAAUCUUUAUAGGGAGUGGGAGAACAUUUCUGGGACCAAUGAUGUCAGAGUUUCAAACAUUCUUCUUGCUUCAUACAUUAACCAAGACCAGAUGGAAAUUGCUGAAGAUUUUUGUAAUCAGAUAGUGCAAAAGGGCAUCAGUCCUUCUUACACUACAUGCGAGCUAUUUACACGGGGUUAUCUAAAAAGGAAGGAUGUGGAAAAAUUUCUGGAUUAUUUUAGUAAAGCUAUUUCUAGUGUGAAAAAAUGGAAUCCUGAUCAAAGGUUAAUACAAGAAGCAUUCAAAAUCAUUGAGGAACAAGCUCAUGUUGAGGGAGCAGAACAGUUGUUGGUUAUUCUUCGGAAUGCUGGCCAUGUGAAUACUAAUAUAUAUAAUCUGGUUCUCAAAACUUAUGCAACAGCUGGUAAAAUGCCUCUCAUUGUCGCUGAGAGGAUGAGAAAGGACAAUGUUAAGCAGGAUGAAGAGACUAAGAGACUCUUGGAUCUAACCAGUAAAAUGUGUGUGAGUGAUGUUUCAAGGAUUUUGUCCUAACCUAAGCGCCAAUUAAUGGAGUCUUAGCUAGUGUUUGGUUGACGUGUUUGUGCGGUAUGGGACAUCGCAUAUCUUUUUAUGUGCACUGCGUUUUGCAAAUCCAACAGAACAUGACAUGGGGUUAAAAAGUAGCACAUUUUGCUAUAUCAAAAGGCAUGGAACCAAUGAAUAUGGAACAUGAUAGUUCCAUUUUGUUCUGUUCUCGUGCCAACGCUGCCUUAAGAUAACGUGGAAGACUUGAAUGUUUUUUGGCUUCGACUUUUUGUAGUGUACCUCCCAUUUGUGAAUAUGUUUAUGAAUGUAAGAGAACUUGGCAAUUGAUACCAAUUUUGACCGAACCUAGAUUUCGGAGGCAGAAUCCGUUGAUAGCACUGGGCCAAUAAUAUUCACGAUUUUUUUGUUCCUUUUUUGGCACAGUGGGGGACUGAAGCCCAACUUGUAGCAAUGUACUUGUAUACAAUGAUCUCUCUUUCAUAGAAAUCUGGAAGCUUAAUAAAUUCAUGGCAGUUGUUAAUUCUGCCAACAUUUCU